ACACAAGCCCAUUGUGUGUGGAAUUCGAAUAUUAUGUUCUUUAGUCGAGGGUUUGGUCGUUUCAUGUCCACAGUCAUGUCUGCCGCCAGGCCGUCUGUUGUGUUCGUUCUCGGUGGUCCUGGUGCUGGAAAAGGAACGCAAUGUAGCCGAAUCGUUCAGGAGUUUGGUUAUGUCCAUCUUUCUGCUGGUGACUUGCUUAGGUCAGAGCGUGCUAGUGGCUCUGCAGAUGGAGACCUGAUCGAGGGCCACAUCCAGGCUGGCAGCAUUGUUCCUGUUGAGAUCACCGUGCGCCUGCUGGAAAAGGCUAUGAUCAAGAGCGGUGGAGACAAGUUUCUCGUCGAUGGAUUCCCACGUAACGAGGACAAUCUGAAGGGCUGGGAGGAUCACAUGGGAGAGAAGGCCAACGUCAACUUCUGCCUCUUCUUUGAGUGUCCAGAAGAUCUAUGCGUGGAGAGAGCCAUGAGCCGUGGCCAGUCCAGCGGACGAUCAGACGACAACCCCGAGGUCUUUCAGAAACGGUAUCAAACCUACCUGAAGUCUACCAUGCCGAUUGUCAAUAAGUUCCAGACACGGGACCAGCUGAAAACCGUCUCUGGUGUUCCCGGUCCAGACAAGGUUUAUGCAGAAGUCAGGAAGCUGUUUGCGUGACCAGUGCCAGCAUUGCCAUGCAAGUCGUCAGUCUUAGGUCAUAACAUGCUGUGCUCACAGUUUUCUGAUCCGCACGAACACAAGAUGCAUCCUGAGUAGAAGCCCCCUCUCAACAUUGGUAUCUGAGUCUAGCGCUCUGCUUUAGAAGUAUUGGUGCUCUGGUUCUACGGUGGACGCUGCCUUAUCCGUGUUAGACUUGUUUCAGGCGUGCCCACUUUUCUCCUGUGACGUGGAUCUUUUGGCUUUUGCUGUUUUCUACCAUUUUUUGAAUUCCGUGAGCAAUCGAGUAUAUACAGCCCCUCUGGUCGCUAGGGCCGUGGGGCCAUGCAACAAUAUAGCCCCCAACACCAUGGCCCAUGGUUUCAUCCUGCUCUGGCUUAGAUUCGAGUGCAUGCUGUUCUGUGCAUAGUGUAGUUAUAAUAAUGCACUAGCUCUUCUAUGGAGUAUGGAAUUGUCAUUUUGGCCAAGAUCUCUCUUUCAUUGUCCAUCUGCCCUCCCCCAAGCUGGUUUCCUUGACGCUGUACUUCUCUGCUUUCCGUCUACUGCAAGUAUCCCCUCUGUGACUUGAUUCGGACGUUGCGUUCCAGUUGUUUUGCACACGGGGUCGUCGUCUUCGAUCAUACUCAUAAAUACCGUUACCAUGUUA